AUGGUUGCGCAAUCGCUGGCCUCGCUAUUGCAGCGGGCGUCGAUCGAUGACCACGAGGAAGUCCUCCAGUCGUGCAAUGCAGUCCUCACCAAAUCCAAAUCCGAUUUGCAAGCGCAACACAUGAAAGUUGUUGCUCUAUUGAAACUUGACCGUUACGAAGAAGCUCUCAAGACAUUCCAGGCCGGAGGCGAUGCGCUGAAGCAGAGAGCAAGCUUGGAAUACGCCUAUGCAUCAUACAAGUGCGGGAAGCUCGAAGAAGCUACAGAAGCCUUGACUCGUACAGCUUCUGGGCGUGGUGCUAGUCACCUUGAGGCACAAGUGCGCUAUCGUGCCGAGAAUUUCCGACGGGCAGCCGAGCUUUAUGAACAACUUACAAAAGAUACGACAUCUUUCGGCCAUGAGGUGAACGACCUGAACAUCAAUUCGUGGGCUACCGAUGCGCAGCUUCAAUGGAAAGGAGAGACAGAAUUCGUGCGCCACGAUCGAUUGUCGAGGGAGGAUUUGGAAUCUUUCGAAACGACCUACAACGCAGCUUGCUUGAAUAUUGCAAAGGGGGCAUCUAAGCAGAAUAUCUGCCGGACAUCGGAGGACCUUUCACCUGAAGACAAGGCUGCAGAGUUGCUGCCAAUCGCAGUCCAGCAACUGUAUGUCCUGAUCCAGCUUGGAAAGUUGGAAGAGGCCGAGGCCGUCCUGAAAGAUAUUUCCGUGGAAAACAUCACCGAGUUAUCAACCAAAAAGAUUGCCCGCAACAACAUCGUACUCGCUCGUCCCACUGCCGUAAAUCCCUACAUCCUAUACAAGGCCCUCCACGACACCCCAGAUGCCACCAAUAACGAUCGGUUAUUUGAAUUCCAGGAUCGCGAUCUGAUCGGCAACUCGCACGCCGCAGACCUCCUUGUACAAAAAUACGAUGGCAUAAUCCGGUCCACAAUCAAGGCACAGUCAAAAUGUCCGAGUCCAUCCACCGACGCCAUCCCCAACCUCCUCUCUGUAUACAACGCCGCAGCACACGCCAAAGGCGAAACUGGCCCCAAAGCUCUUCACAAGAUCGCCCCAUUGCUGGAGCGACGACCCACAGACAUUGGCCUUCUUCUGACAGUGGUACAGCUCUAUGUCAGCAGCGGUAACACCACCUCUGCUAUCACGGCCAUGGAGCGAACCCUCCAAAGCUUGGAGGGAGCAAACGAGUCCGUCCGCUUCAACCCAGGCCUCCUCAGUGUCCUCGUCUCCCUGUACCAGCUUGAAGGCCGGGCGGUCCAGAUCCGUACCACGCUCGCACAAGCCGCUUCCUACUGGCGGACGAAGCCCGAGCCCCCCUCUUCCCUCCUCCGCGCAACAGCCGCUUCCCUCUUGCACUCUGAAGAGCGCACCGACCUCACCACAGCGGGUGAUCUAUUCCGUACUCUGCACCAGCAAGAUCCCAACGACCGUGUUGCCAUCGCUGGAUACGUCGCCUCACAAGCAACCCUGGACUACGCGCAGAUUGAGCCCGAACUAGACCGUCUGCCAGCAGUCAGCGACUUGAUUGCCGACAUUGACGUCUCGGCUCUGGAGUCUGCGGGCAUCUCUCCCUCCGCCUCCUCAGUUGCAGCAGCCGCAGCCGCCUUCGCCGGUGCCCGCAAGCGCACCUCAGCUGCCACCGGCGAGCGCGCCAACAAGCGCGUCCGCAAGUCCCGUUUGCCCAAGGACUUCGAUCCUGCCAAGAAGCCAGACCCGGAGCGCUGGCUGCCUGUGCGCGACCGCUCUUCUUACAGACCCAAGGGCAAGAAGGGCAAGCAGCGUGCUGCGGCCCUCACACAGGGUGGUCCUGUGAAUGAGAAGGCGGAAGAGUCUCCCGCUCAGCAGUCACAAAAGUCUGGCGGUGGCGGUGGCUCUAAUGCUAAGAAGAAUAAGAAGAAGGGCAAGCGAUAG